CUGGAUGAGCGUCGUGCGUGAUGACGUUUUUCAGCGCUUCGUCAUUGCUGUAUGUCCGGCUCGCAGUGACAGGAGGCAGGCAGGGGAAUCACUUCAGGCCGGGGAUAUGCUGUGGUUCCAGGGAUCCAUCCCGGAGGCCAUAGCCGCGGCCAAGCAGCGGAGCUCCGUGUUUGUGGUGUUUGUUGCCGGGGAUGAUGAGCAGUCCACGCAGAUGGCAGAGAGCUGGGGGAAUGAAGAGGUGGUGCGGGCGGCCACAGAGGGCUUUGUCGCUAUUAAGAUUGACAGUAAGAGUGAAACCUGUCUCCAGUUCUCACAGAUCUAUCCUGUGGUUUGUGUUCCGUCCAGCUUCUUCAUCGGAGAGAACGGAAUUCCACUAGAAGUUAUUGCCGGCAGCAUAUCAGCCGAGGAAUUAAUAGCAAAGAUAACCAAAGUGAAGCAGAUGAACACAGAAAAGAAUGACUGGUUAGCGGCAGAGACAGACGUACCUAAUGAUUCUCCAGUAACUGGUUCCACUGAAUCCUGUCCUGUAUCUGAGAGCCCAUCUACAGAAUCUCCCCCUGAAGAGACCUCAUGUGCAUCCCCAAGGACUACACCAGCACAAAGCGAUGAAUCGCCCACGGAAGAAUCAAAGGAGGUAGUUAAAGGUGCCAGCGAGACACCUGAUGAUGACACAUUAAAAAUGGAAAGGGUUAUGUCCAAGCUAGAAAAGAAAAUGGAGGAGAAAAAGAAGGAAGAGCAAGAGAUAAGUAUCAGCAAAGAAGUUGAGAGAAGAAAACUGGGAAAGGACAUGUUGGAGUAUAAAAGAAAGCAGGAGGACGAGCAGGCCAGACGGGCUCUGGAGGAGAGGAACCGGGAGAAGGCUGAGGACAAAGCUGCCAGGGAACGGAUUAAGCAGCAGAUUGCACAGGACCGUGCUGAUCGAGCUGCCCGAUUUGCCAAGACUAAAGAAGAACAAGAGGCCAUUAGGGCUGCUGAACUACAGGCGCGACAGGCAGAGGUGGAAGCCAGGAAGGAAGCGGCACAGAAAGAACGAAGGACUGUAGCCAGGAUACAAUUCAGACUUCCCGAUGGCUCUUCCAUCACUAAUCAGUUCCCAUCAGAAGUUCCCCUAGAGGAAGCCCGGCAGUUUGCUGCACAGACGGUUGGAAACACCUAUGGCAACUUUUCCUUAGCAACUAUGUUUCCUCGAAGAGAAUUUACCAAAGAGGAUUAUGGGAAAUCUUUACUGUCUCUGGAACUCGCACCCAGUGCCUCAAUAGUCCUCUUGCCGGCUGGAAGACCAGCGCGGGCCGUAGUGCAGUCAUCGGACGGAGGGGUCUUGGGUUUUUUGGGCACCUUGUUAUAUCCCCUCCUUGCAGUUUGGCGGUUUAUAAGCAGUUUCUUAUUUAGUAGCCCACCCCCAACACAGCACACAGAUAGGCCAGGGUUUACACAGCAAGAAAGUGCAAGCUCCUCGGCCUCCAGUAGUUCAGAGCCAAAGAGAGAAGCGGUUCGAAAAAGGGUUCUGGAAAAACGAGCCGAUGAAUUUAAGAAAGAAGGCAAAAUCUACAGGUUAAGGACGCAGGAUGACGAGGAUGAAAACAAUACUUGGAACGGGAACUCUACCCAACAGAUGUAGGCGCCGACCGAGAGCUGUUUUGUUUUGGGUUUGAUUUGUUUGAGCCACAUUGCUGCAGUUUGGGGUGGGAGGGGGAGGGGGGUGUUUCUGUAUUUUAAUCACUGUCACACGGCUUAGCCCAAUGCAUGAAAUUAGGAUCCUCUGACUCAUCUCUGAUUUAUAUUUUUACAGAUGCUGCACGUGAUAGAAUAAGCUUAUCUAACAAAUAUGAGUUCAGGAUUUUAUUUUUUCCACCCCCUUAUUUUUUUUCCGCCCUUUUCCAUUUGUUGCAGGUUUCUCCUAACAAAAUGUUUAGUGCUAUGUUAAAGAGGACGGUCUCGCCUGACGUAACUGUUUUAGCAAAUGGGCUUCUCAUGGAAAAAGCAAUUCUGGAAUAUUUUUUCUAGAUCUCUGUUUGACAUCCCUCUAAGGCUGGAUUCACAUGGCAGGAUGUGAUUUGAAUUCUGCAUGAAUUUAUAGCCUGUUCACUUCAAUGGAAGUCCUGCAGCGGAAAUACUGCCGCAGAAAUUCUGCAGUGUGAAUGGGACUGCGGAAGUUUAUUGGCUAUAAGUUCAUGCAGAAUUUUCAUGCAGAAUUUAGUGCAGGAAUUCUGUCAUGUGAAUCCGGCCUAAGGCUAUGUUCACAUUGCAGAAUUUCCACAUGCGGAAUUCCACAUGGAUUUCACAUCACACUAAAGCCCAAUAGACUUCAAUGGGUUUCCGCACUCCCAUUCACACUUUAGAAUUUCCAUAUGCGGAUUGCGCACUGAAUCCGCACCGAAUCCACACAAACCAGUAACAACCCAAAUUAAUGCAGUAUUUUUGCGGAUGUGAAGAAAUUCUGCCGUGUGAUUAUUAGCCUUAGGCUAUGUUUACACGGAAGAAUUCUGCAGGAAUAUUCCGCUCAUAAAUUCCAUUGAUUUCAAUAGAAUUCUGCUGCAUCGGCAGCCGGCGGAAUUUCCACGGCAGAGGUUUCUGCCGCGGAGAUCCCGAUUCUGGCGUCGGCAGAAAGAAUGGUCACGUCUAUUCUCUCUGCGUAUUCUGCUUGGAAAUGCAUUGCCGUCUAUGAGACAGUACAUUUCCAAGUGGUCCUGGUACCCACCAGAUCAUUCAAAUGUGCAGAAUGUCCGCCAGUGUUUUCCAGGUGGACAUCCUGCACGGAGCUUGGCCGUGUGAACAUGGCCUUAUUCUUCCUGCGUUUAAAUAAAUUGACAACUGAGGGUUACCAUUCCUCUUGUCCUCCUUUAGAGAAGGGGGAUGGUAACGUCUAGUUGUCAAGUUAUGGACCAAUUUACAGAAGAAAUAAUGGAGAAAGUAUUGUUAUAUACAAAAAAAGUGUUGGGAGAGCUGAGAACUCUGCUGAAACACCUCGUUGUUCACGGCUGCAUCGGACUCGGUUCGUGGGGCUUAGUCUCAGAAUCUGUUUAAUUAGCGGGAUCUUUGCAGACAAAUAUUUUAAAAGUAAAAAAAAAAAAACACGCUGUAAGUGGUAAAUUUAUGUCCUUUCAGAUCCUGCUAAAUAAAUAGAAAUUAGAUAAUUCCCAUUAAAGUCAAUGGGAUCUAUCGGUGUGCGUCGUGCAAUGGACUAUCCGGCUCCAUUUUCUGGCCCCUAACGUCUGUAAAUGGGUCCUGAACGAGGCCUAAAGGCAGGGUUUCCCAGCCAGGGCUGCCUGGGCAUGCUGGGAGUUGUAGUUUUGCAACAUCUGGAGGCCCCCUGGUUGGGAAACACUGCCUUGAAUGGGUACCCUGGUGGAAAACCUUUUUUUAAAUCAACUGGUGCCAGAAAGUUAUACAGAUUUGUAAAUUACUUCUAUAAAUGUUUUUUCCAGUCUGACCACAGUUCUCUCUGCUGACACCUCUGUCCGUGUCAGGAACUGUCCAGAGCAGGAACAAAUCCCCAUAGCAAACCUCUCCUGCUCUGGACAGUUCCUGACACGGACAGAGGUGUCAGCAGAGAGCACUGUUGUCAGACUGGAAAGAACUACACAACUUCCUUUGGAGCAUGCAGCAGCUGAUAAGUACUGGAAGGGUAAAGAUUUUUUAAUAGAAGUAAUUUACAAAUCUGUUUAACUUUCUGGCACCAGUUGAUAAAAAAAAAAAUGUAAAAAUAAAUUGUUCCCCCACCACUCUUCUUUUUGGGGGGGCAUUUUGAUGGUGGUUGUCACUGAUGACACAAACCACUUUUAAAACUUCUACCACUAUAUGCAUCAGUCUUCCUGUCAUGUGAUGUAUAGCGACUGGACGUUGCAAUCACAUGACUUUGUUGCUGGAUCUUCAAUAGUGACCGGAGGUAGGAACAUUUGGAUAUUGCAGCGCCUCCUGGCAAUGACCCAUGUGGGCUCUUAUUUUAUAAUGACAUCACGUCCAUGCUCCCGGACCACCCCGUAACAUCCUGGAGACUCCUCAUCCAUAACUUAUUUAUACUGACGGACACAACAUUAUCUCCUCUGCAAGACCACUGCCAUUUCUCCUUAUCAGUGAUUUUCAGAUGAUGCCAAUAAAAUUUUUAUUUUUAUUUUUUUUCCCCUUCUACUUUUAUUUAAUUAAUUUUUUUUCCCCCCAGAAACGAUUGAACUAUUUAGGAAGGAAGGUAUUUCAGGGCUUUUGAUUUCAAUCUUUUGAGCAGUAAUGUGCAGAGCAAAUAUUGAUUGAUUUAUAUAUAUUUGUAACAUGUCACUUCUAUAUAAACAUUAGUAAUAUAAGAA